AUGGGCCUCCAUUCAGUUUCCCCCGCUCGACAGCGCUUGGACAUGUGCUUUCAAAUGGAGCAAACAUGUGAUGGAGGAUUACCUGUUGGUAGGCUCUUCAUGCCUAUCGUUAAAAGAGGCUUGGUCCCAUCUCAUGAUCCCAAGCAUAACGACGCAGUCUUCACGGAAGAUUUCGUCAAAGCACAACAUGGGGAGUUAUACAUGGCAUUAACGCUAUGUUAUGAAACUCUUCGUUGUAUGAAAUGUAUUGAAGAAUCAGAAAUCAGGCGGCCUCCUCAUCAAACCCUUCCCAAGGAGGAGCUCGUCACGAUUGGAUUAGAGCCUGAAGUUAUUGCUCUUCUCCGACAUCUUCCAUUUCGUGAGAUGAUGAUGAGAUAUCACAUGGCAACCCUUCCUUACAACUAUUUAAAUGAUGUUUCCGAAGCACGUGAAGUCCUCUGGAAAGAUGAAUACAAAUCAUGCACCAUGGGCUGUCCGCCUUGGUUCCUGGAAAGUCCCCCAGGUAUAUUGGACGAACCAUAA